ACAGUGUUGUGAUUGUGAUCAGACAUAACCAAAAGAGCAAGAAAUAAUGAUCAAUGGAACUGAAGCUUAGCCAAUCUUCUCUUCCAACACCCAUCAACAAUCCAUUUCCUCUCAUUCCCAAGCAGUUUGCUCUAUUUUCUCAGAGAUGGAAGCUUAAUAUUCAGAGGAUUGCUUGGAAGGGCCCUUUCAUGAGCAAGAAAAUCUUGGUUCAUGUAGUUAAAGAAGGUGAAACUCUGACUUCAAUUUCAAAACUGUAUGGGGUGCCAGUUCUUGAAAUUGCUGAUUCGAAUAAGGAGAUUGUUGAUGUUAAUGUCGUAUUCGAAGGCCAACAACUCAAAAUCCCCUCUGCUGCUUCUGAAUGUGCUCAACUGUGCGACUUCGAGGGACGUCCAUUGCCAAAUGAAUCUCCGAGGUUGGGAUUUCAAAUCAGACAAUGGAAGAAUCAGAUCUCCACUCUGCCAUUCCAUCAAGUUCCCAUUCCUAAAUUUGAUGAUCAGGCUAAGGCCUUCAGCUCAUUUCCCGUUAUGGUUGCUGCGGUGGCCUUUUGCAUUGGAUGCAUAAUUGCCGUGUUCCAGAUCACGCAAGCUAAAAACUCGAGGCAUAAAGCUGCGAAUAAAUUGACUAACAGCGCACGAUGGAGAACUGCUCUUACCGACUUGAGAGAUCCAGACUCACUGCAUACUGAAUCUCCACCAGAUUCUGAUUUGUUGCUAGAUGACGAAGAGCAGCUUCACUUCGAAGACUCGUCGCGUGAUUUUAACGAGCUUGAAGGCGACUACGAGAAAUUUCUUUCGGAAUGUGGAAUGAGCAGUUAUGGCUACUGGCGUGGGGGUUCACCACAGUAGAGAUUCCAUCGAUUCUGUAUUCAGUUUUCUUUGUUCAGUUUUGUUGUUGAUAUCAUCAAUGUUUGCUCCUUUAAAUUAUAUAGGAAAAUGUUGUUCUCAUAAGAUAAUUUGUACGAGGUACUAGGUGGUAAAUAAAUGUACAGGGUUUCUUCGUCA